AGUAUUCAAAAUACUUUGAAUCUAAAGCCAUUAACAGAACUGCCAUACUGAACAAUGCAUGUAACAAGUGCUGUUAUAGGAUGGCUGUUAUUCUUAGAGAAGGAAAUGAAUCAGACCUUUUGAAGUGAUGAUGGGGAGGUCGUUCUUGGGACAUCCUCCUCCUACUGUGUUUUGUACCUCACCUCCUCCAGUUGCUGACAAUGCUGGGCUGGUUGGGCUAGUGACAAAACUGUGAGUGCUUUUGGAAGACCUGAUUUCCCCUUUUCACACUGCAGAAAAGGGAAGGACAUGAAUCUGUCUGUUUCAGGGCUCAGGGAAAACAUCUCCUGUUCAGGCCUCAAUAACACCUAUCACUUCAAGCGCCUAGUGUACCCUACGGCAUACAUUCUGAUUUUUGUCCUCGGACUCGUCGGCCACUCUUUAUCUAUCUGCGUCUUCUUCAGCCAAUGGAGGACCCAGAAGAGUUUCACUCCAGUCACCCUAUUAAUGCUGAACCUGUUGGCCUCAGACCUGAUGCUGGUGUGCUCUUUGCCCCUGAGGAUCACUUACUACAUGCUGAACUCUCAAUGGCUGUUUGGUCACGUCGCCUGUCGACUCAUUUUAUACGUGUUUUAUCUCAAUAUGUACAGCUCAGUGUAUUUCCUAGUUGCCCUGAACGUCUUGCGUUACCUGGCGCUGGCACGGCCGUACUUGUACAUACGCAUACAGACCCACUACGUCACGGGUAUCGUGUGUUGCCUCAUUUGGGUCUUGAUGGGUUUAGCCUGCUGUCCGCUGUUGUUCACUAAGAAAAGACUUCAAGAUGAGGGGAGUUCUCGAUGCUUGGAGUUGGCGAUGGACAACGUGGACCAAUUGCUCCUCAUCAACAACGUCACGUUUCCAGUGGGCUUUGUGGUGCCCUUGGUGGUCAUCCUUUUCUGCUCUGUCUUUGUCGCAAAGAAUCUUCUGAGGCCUAGUCCUGCACUAGGUAGGACCAGACCUUGCAGGAAGAAGGCGUCCGCUCUGGUCAUCAUCAGCCUUGGGAUCUUUCUGGUGUGCUUUUUACCUUAUCACGUAGUGCGGACGAUCUUCUUAUCAGCUGAGAAGCAUGUCAAGAUGAACGGAUACGGAGACUCGUGUGACUUUAUUUUGGUAGUCCGCAAGGCUGCUGUUGUAGCGCAUUGUUUGUGUACAGCUAACAGUUGUCUGGACCCUAUCCUUUUCUUCUUCGUUGGGGAAAAUUCCCGAUCUUUCUUCGCUAAAUGGACAGGAGGAAGAAAAAGUAGCGCUUGUGCUCCAGGGAGAAACCCACAGCAGGAAGAGUUACAGGUUUUACAGAACUAAAUGAAACAAGGCUUGACAGAUAACAAAGAACAGACCAGAAGUACCUCAUUCUUCUGGGUACUUCAUAAAUAGAUGUACAACACAAAAAGGUCAUAUUUUGACUGACUGGCCUUUUAAGAUUUAGGAUUUUCAAGCAUCAAGUAUUUGAUACUUACGACUGAUCAUGCCCAAACGUGACACGUCAGAGAUAGUUGCGUUCAGUCGGUGUUCACAGUUGGUGUUUAAAAUCUGCUGCACUCGUUGGAAACUCUGUAAAAGUCUUAGAAUGUUUCAGCUUGUCGUUAAGUCUGUCCCUGGCAUUAGGGACGUUUAAACUGACAGUGUUUUAAGGAAUCUUCUGGGCUCAUUACAAGUUAAGCAAAAUCGACAUAAUUUUGAUUACCACAUGAAUUAAUUAUGACUUUCCUUAAUUUUUCUUAAAAAAAAAAAAAAGCUUAAUUCUUGGUUAUUACUUGGCAAUGGAAGUGAAUGAGGCUAAUUUAACAUUAUUAUUGUUAAUAGGCUACUCGCUUUCAAUAGCUACGAAUGAAAGCGCUUUUCUGUGUAAAGAUAAUUUGGACAACUUUCAUCACCUUGACACAGCAAUGCCAUAAACCCUAAAAUGACCAUAAAAAUUACGAGAACAACUUUACAGCUCAAAUAAGUUUUAACAAAAGAAUAAACAUGCUUUUAUAUAAUUAAAAGCUUUAAAUCCUUUUGGCCCUAUGUACUUUUAUUGUAAUGGUACAUUCAAGUCAUGUAGUAAAAAUCGUAUUUACAUGUUGAACGCACCUGAUCGUCACCAGCUCACCACAAAGAGUAGGGAACUCUAGAUGCAGCUAAGUUGCAUGUACAAAAUAGUAUAGUAUUGUACAAUUACGGUUUACUGCACCUUCCUAAAUUGAAUUAAAGUAUGAAAAAGCAAAACACACCUGAUGCAGAUUGAUUAUUCAUCAUUUUGUAGAAGUAGAGUA